AUGAAUAGACUCUUGAUUACAGAAUUAGGAGAUACUUUGAGAAUAGAUUUGAAAAAAGAAUUUAAUAAAACUCCUACUUAAAAUAAGCAUAUUCUUAAAACAACUUUUCCUGAAAUUAAAAAUAAUUUAGGAAGUUCUUCAGUAUUUGCCGAUAUAGAAAAAAAUGAAAAUCCUCUCUAUUAAAAAAGCCUUUCAGAUUAAGCUCUUUUAAACCUCUCAAAAGUGGCCAAUCUUUCUUUAUUCGGACCAAAAUGUAAGGAAUAAUUGAAAAUACAUAUUAGAGAGGAUCUCUCUAUAAAAACAAAAAAUAACUACUUAAAUUAAUAACUAGAAAGAUAUGUAAGUCGAAUAUUGGAUGAUAAAAGUAAUUAUUUAGAUGUUAUCUAUAGAUCUGAUGACAAAGCGAAAAAGGUAGUUAUUAAAUGAAUUAAAAAGAUUAGAAGCUAAAGAGAAAUUAAAACAUUUUAAUCAUAUGCCUACUGAUUUAUCUCAAUUUAGUUCUGUAAUAGAAGAUACUGAUAGAGAAACUAAAUUGAUGUCUAUUGUAAAUGCAGAAGGGAAAUUAUUACAAUUGUAGAGAAGGUAUGACUAAAAAUUACAGGAAGAUGAAAAACUUUAAUAACAAAUAAAAAUCAAUUAUUGCAAAUAUAAAGAUGGUUAAAUUAUGCAUAUCGAAGCCUUACCAGUUUUAACUUAAGAAGAUAUGUAAAAUGAUGUGAAAGAUAUAUUUACUAAUAGAGAUUAAUCAUCUCAAAGGUUUCAUUAAAGAAUGAAUGAAAAACAUAUAAGAUAAAAGGAAUUUAUAUGGAAGUAACAUCACUUUCCAAAGGAUCAUAGAAGAUGGUUAUCUAAAUGA